AUGAAUUGUUGGUCUUUUUACUUUUUUCUGUUCUUAUUCUUUUCAAUUAUUAAAAGUAAUCUUUCAAACAAUGUUGAAAAAAAUAAAAAUAUAACAUUAGAUAAUUCAAAAGUAAAAAAUAAAAUACUUCAUGGAAAAUGGUAUUUUGGAGGUAUUGCUUCUUGUGGGGCUGCUUUAAUUAGUCAUCCAUUAGAAGUAGUUAAAGUUCACCUUCAAACACAAAAUAGAUAUGAUCCAGAGGCAAAAAAUUUUUUAAGAUUUUAUGUUGGUAUUAGUGGAUCAUUAUUAAGGCAAAUUACUUAUUCAACAGCAAGAUUUGCCUUUUAUGAAUUAUUUAAAUCAACAUUUUUAUCUUUUAAUGAACAAAAUCCUGAUGAUGAUGUACCAUUUAAUUAUAAGAUAAUUUUAGCUGGAAUUGCUGGUGGUAUUAGUGGUUUGAUAGGUGCUCCUGGAGAUUUAGUUAAUGUAAGAAUGCAAAAUGAUAUAAAAGCUUGUGUUAAAGAUAAAAGAAAUUAUAAAAAUGCUUUUGAUGCAAUUUAUGUUAUAAUAAGAGAUGAAGGAUUUUUAACUUUAUAUAAUGGUGCCACAAUGGCAAUGUUAAGAGCAAUAACUAUAACCAUUGGUCAAAUUGCCUUUUAUGAUCAAUUUAAAUAUAUUAUCAUAUCAACAUAUUUAUUUAAUCUUUCAGAUGGUUUUGUUACUCAUUUAAUAUCUUCACUUGGAGCAUCAAGUACAGGAACAUUAUUAACACAACCAAUAGAUGUUAUCAAAACAAGAAUGAUGAAUGCUCAUGUAAAGGAGUGUGGUAGUGUUUAUGAGUAUAUUAUUAAAACAUGGAAAAGUGGACCAUUAAAUUUUUAUAAUGGUUUCAUCCCAGCAUGGAUUCGUUUAGCACCCCAUACAACAUUCAUGUUUCUUAUUUAUGAACAACUAAAAAAUAACUUUGGAUAUUAUAAAAAUUAA